AUGGCGUCGUCCUCGACGCUGGUGCCGCUGGCUGUGGCGGCUGUGGGCGGGUUAGCGCUGUAUGGACUGCUGCGCGUGGCGCGCGCCCGUAUCUACGACGCGACUAUCGUGAAGCUCACGACCGGGUGGUACGCGGAGGUGCUGCGGCGCCUGCCCGCCGACAGCAAGAUGCUGGACGUGGGCAUCGGCACGGGCUUGGCGCUGGCCAACAACGGCGACCAGCUGCGAGCCAAGCGCAUUGAAGUGGACGGCGUGGACUACGACGCCGACUACGUGACGCGGUGCCGUGCGCUGCUGGGCGAGAGACAGCUGGCGAGUUGUGUGCAGGUGCACCACGCGUCCAUCUACGACUUCUCCGGGCCGGGCCCGUACGACGCCGUGUACUUCAGCUCGUCGCUCAUGCUCAUGCCUGACGCCGUGAAGGCGCUGCAGCACUGCGCGGCCAUGUUGAAGCCCAAGACCGGCCGCGUGUACGUGACGCAGACCAUUCAGACCAGCCACUCGACGCUCGUGGAGAUCGGCAAGCCGCUGCUCAAGUUCCUCACGACCAUCGACUUCGGUCACGUCACGUACGAGAGGGAGCUGCUCACGACGUUCAAGAAGGCGGGACUCACGCUGCUCGAGCACGUGCCAAUCUCCGGAUCUACGAUGACGUCCACUCGGUCCUUCAGACUUUUCGGUCUUGGGGGAGGGGUGGAGGCGUCGGUCGCUCGACUGAAGAAGAACGCGGAGCCGCACGAUCCGGUGGCUGCUACGCGGGGGCUUAUCAACCGACGCCUGGGGCCAAAGUACAACGACCAGAUCUCGCUUCGCGUGCUGCCGUCGGACUCCGAUGAACUGGACGUGUUCGAGCUCGGAAGCGACGGCGACAAGCUCGAGAUCGCAGCGAACUCGGCCACCGCCAUGGCGUACGGCCUGCAAUGGUACUUCAAGUCGGUGUUACGCACUCAAACCGACUGGGAGAACCACAAACUGCAGCUACCGGACAAACUGCCCAAAGUGGACGAACGGGUGCGCCACAAGAGGAGCUCCAAGUUCUCGUACUACCAGAACGUGGACACGGGCAGCUACUCGCUGUGGGCCUGGAGCUGGCCGCAGUGGGAAAAGCACAUCGACUGGAUGGCACUAAACGGUAUCAACAUGCCGCUGGCGUUCACCGGUCAGGAAAAGGUGUGGCAGAACACCUUCCACAAGUAUUACAACGUGAGCUACGAGGGUCUGGGCAAGUUCUUCGCUGGCUCCGCGUUCUUGUCUUGGGGUCGAAUGGGGAACUUGCGUGGGAGUUGGGUCAAGGGCCCACUACCUCAAGCAUUUAUCGACAACCAGCAUGAGCUCCAGUUGCGCAUUCUCCAGCGCAUGCGCGAGUUCGGCAUGAUCCCAGCUCUGCCUGCGUUUGCCGGCCACGUCCCGGAAGAUCUGAAGCUCACUCUUCCGAAUGCGAAUUUCACGCGGUCGCCGAAUUGGGGCAACUUCACGGACCAGUACUGCUGCGUCUACAUGAUCGAGCCUACAGACCCGUUGUACCGUGAAAUUGGCAAGGCUUUUCUGGAGGAACAGCGUGCACUGUACAACUACACGUCGUCGCUGUAUCAGUGUGAUACGUACAUGGAGAUGGCACCGGAGUUCACCGACCUGUCCGAGUUGAAGGGGGCGGCGCGUGCUGUGAUCGACGGCAUGACGGCGGCUGACCCGAACGCGGUUUGGCUCAUGCAGGGCUGGCCGUUCGUGGACGACCCACACUACUGGACCAGACCGCGCGUCAAAGCGUAUCUGGAAGGUGUGCCAACCGACAAGCUGAUCAUCCUCGACUUCUACAGUGAAGCGGUGCCUAUCUGGAACAAGAUGGACAACUACUUCGGCAAGAACUGGAUCUACUCAGUACUGCACAACUUUGGUGGGAACACUGGAAUGCGUGGCGAUCUACCGACUCUGGCCACGGCUCCCGUUCAAGCCCAGCGCGAUGGGAAUGGUACGAUGGUUGGCGUUGGGCUAACGAUGGAGGGUAUAUUCCAGAACUACGUCGUGUACGAUCUCACCCUACAGAUGGCGUGGGAGGAUUCCCCACUCGACGUGGACGAAUGGGUGUCGAAGUAUGCGAGUCGACGCUAUCACACGCAAAAUGAGCACGUGGAGCGUGCAUGGAGUUAUCUAUCGCGGUCAGUUUACAAUCGAACACUCGCCUACGGUGGGGUGACGAAGAGUCUGGUGUGUCUGAUCCCGCACUGGAGGCUUCUCUACGACAGGUUCCAGCCGACGCUGAUCAAAUACGACCCGAAGGACAUCGUUCUCGCCUGGAAGGAACUCCUGCUGGCUGGAGACGAGUUGCGCAAUGUUGACACGUAUCGACACGAUCUGGUGGAUGUGACUAAACAAUUUCUGAGCAACAAGUUAUUGGAGCAGUACCAGCACCUAAAGGUUAUCUACAGCGCAAAAUCCGCUCCAGCCAACGAGGUGUGUGAAUUGACGAAGACCAUGCUAACGACAAUCAACCGCCUUGAGGAAAUCCUCGCCACGAACGAAGAUUUCUUGCUGGGCAAUUGGGUUGCGGAUGCGUUGAACCUUGCUGGAGAUCUAAAUAUCGGUGGCGACAGCGUCACCAGAACCAAACUGCAGGAGUACUACGAGUACGAAGCUCGCAACCAGGUGACCCGCUGGGGCGACAACAACAACGAGGCUAUCCAUGACUACGCUGGGAAGGAGUGGGCCGGACUCGUCAAGAGUUACUACUUGCCGCGUUGGACCAUGUGGCUUACAGAGGUCUGCAGCGCGUACACUGAUCGUCGUGAAAUGGAUGAGAAGGGGUUGAAGAAGAGGCGCAUCGCGUUUGAGUUGAAGUGGCAACUUAGCCAUGAAAAAUAUCCAACGACUACCGUCGGAGACUCGUUUUCCAUUUCCAAGCGCAUCUACAGCGAGUAUACCGACACGAACGUUGUGGUGCCGUGGGAUUUCUUCGAAGCCGAUGUGGCAGUGAUGUAG